AUGAUUCUCACGGCACGCAAUGAUGAUGUUAAUGAGAUUAAUGUCGAGGCACUUAAUUUUUUGGACGGAGAUACACACACAUAUCUAGCAACUGAUAGGUUGGAUCCCGACGAAAGUGGUAGGAUACCACCUAUAAGCAAUGAAUUUAUGCAAAAUAUAAACCCUCCAGGAAUGCCUUUAUUCAAACUACAACUGAAAGUUUGGUGUCCGAUAAUUCUGAUGAGAAAUCUCGCUCCCUCGGAGGGACUUUACAAUGGAACAAGGUUGUUGGUGACGCACUGCAGGAAGUAUCUUAUACAAGCAAAAAUUCUGACGGGAAAGAAGAGAAAGAUCGUAGAAAAAGUGAUGUUGCCUAGGAUAUUAUUCCAGCCCAAUAUUUCAGAGUUGAACAUAAAUAUGCUGAGACGCCAGUUUCCGAUUCGGUUGGCGUAUGCAAUGACGAUCAACAAAUCUCAAGGACAGUCGGUGCAACACGUUGGCAUUGACUUGAAGACACCCGUGUUUUGUCACGGCCAACUCUACGUUGCUUUGUCAAGGUGCACCGCUGCAAGACGAAUAACUGUGCUACCCGAAGAUGAAUCAGACGGUUUAAAAACAACUAAUGUCGUCUUCCAGGAUGUUUUGUUGUGA